ACAACCAGAUCACCUACAGCAUUGUCAAUGCCUCCGCCUUCGGCAGCUACUUCGACAUUAGCGUCUAUGAAGGCUAUGGUGUGAUCAGCGUGAGCCGCCCCCUGGAUUAUGAACAGAUACCCAAUGGACUGAUUUAUCUGACCAUCAUGGCCAAGGACGCCGGCAACCCCCCUCUGAACAGCACUGUCUCUGUCACCAUUGAGGUGUUUGAUGAGAAUGACAACCCUCCCACCUUCAGCAAGCCUGCCUACUUCGUCUCUGUGGUGGAGAACAUCAUGGCAGGAGCCACCGUGUUGUUCCUGAAUGCCACAGACCUGGACCGCUCCCGGGAGUACGGCCAGGAGUCCAUCAUCUACUCCUUGGAGGGCUCUUCCCAGUUCCGGAUCAAUGCCCGCUCAGGUGAAAUCACCACCACCUCCCUGCUGGACCGUGAGACCAAGUCUGAGUACAUCCUCAUCGUCCGGGCAGUGGACGGGGGCGUGGGCCACAACCAGAAAACUGGCAUCGCCACUGUGAACAUCACCCUCCUGGACAUCAAUGACAACCACCCCACCUGGAAGGACGCUCCCUACUACAUCAACCUGGUGGAGAUGACCCCUCCAGACUCUGAUGUGACCACGGUGGUGGCCGUGGAUCCAGACAUGGGGGAGAACGGCACCCUGGUAUAUAGCAUCCAGCCACCCAACAAGUUCUACAGCCUCAACAGCAGCACAGGCAAGAUCCGCACCACCCACGUCAUGCUGGACCGGGAGAACCCCGACCCCCACGAGGCGGAGCUGAUGCGCAAAAUCGUCAUCUCUGUCGCCGACUGUGGCGCACCCCCUCUGAAAGCCACCAGCAGUGCCACAGUGUUCGUGAACCUCUUGGACCUCAAUGACAAUGACCCCACCUUUCAGAACCUGCCUGUUGUGGCCGAGGUGCUUGAAGGUACCCCUGCAGGGGUCUCUGUCUACCAGGUGGUGGCCAUCGACCUGGACGAGGGCCUGAAUGGACUGGUGUCCUACCGCAUGCAGGUGGGCAUGCCCCGCAUGGACUUCGUCAUCAACAGCAGCAGCGGCGUGGUGGUCACCACCACUGAGCUGGACCGUGAGCGCAUCGCCGAGUACCAGCUGCGUGUGGUGGCCAGUGAUGCAGGCACGCCCACCAAGAGCUCCACCAGCACACUCACCAUUCGAGUGCUGGAUGUGAAUGACGAGACACCCACCUUCUUCCCUGCUGUGUACAAUGUCUCCGUGUCGGAGGACGUGCCACGGGAGUUCCGGGUGGUCUGGCUGAACUGUACGGACCACGACGUGGGCCUCAACGCUGAGCUGAGUUACUUCAUCACAGGUGGAAACGUGGAUGGGAAGUUCAGUGUUGGCUACCGCGAUGCCACAGUGAGAACGGUGGUGAACCUGGACCGAGAGACCACAGCCACGUACACGCUCGUUCUGGAGGCCAUCGACAAUGGCCCCGUGGGCAAGCGGCGCACGGGCACGGCUACCGUGUUUGUCACCGUCCUGGAUGUGAAUGACAACCGGCCCAUCUUUCUGCAAAGCAGCUACGAGGCCAGCGUCCCUGAGGACAUCCGUGAGGGCCACAGCAUCGUGCAGCUAAAAGCCACAGAUGCAGACGAGGGCGAGUUUGGGCGUGUGUGGUACCGCAUCCUUCACGGUAAUCAUGGCAACAACUUCCGGAUCCACGUCAGCAAUGGGCUCCUCAUGCGAGGGCCCCGGCCCCUGGACCGGGAGCGGAACUCAUCACACGUUCUUAUAGUGGAGGCCUACAACCACGACCUGGGCCCCAUGCGGAGCUCCGUCAGGGUGAUUGUGUACGUGGAGGAUGUCAACGAUGAGGCCCCGGUGUUCACGCAGCAGCAGUACAGCCGCCUGGGGCUUCGCGAGACAGCGGGCAUUGGCACGUCAGUCAUCGUCGUCCGAGCCACGGACCGAGACACGGGGGACGGUGGCCUGGUGAACUACCGCAUCCUGUCGGGCGCUGAGGGGAAGUUUGAGAUUGAUGAGAGCACGGGGCUUAUUAUCACCGUGGAUUACCUGGACUACGAGACCAAGACCAGCUACCUGAUGAACGUGUCCGCCACUGACCAGGCUCUCCCCUUCAACCAGGGCUUCUGCAGCGUGUACAUCACUCUGCUCAACGAGCUGGAUGAGGCUGUGCAAUUCUCCAACGCCUCCUACGAGGCUGCCAUCUGGGAGAAUCUGGCACUGGGCACCGAGAUUGUGCGUGUCCAGGCCUACUCCAUUGACAACCUCAACCAGAUCACCUACCACUUUGAUGCCUACACCAGCGCCCAGGCCAAAGCGCUCUUCAAGAUAGAUGCCAUCACGGGUGUGAUCACGGUCAAGGGCCUGGUGGAUCGGGAGAAAGGUGACUUCUACACCUUGACGGUGGUGGCAGACGACGGCGGCCCCAAGGUGGACUCCACCGUGAAGGUCUACAUUACUGUGCUGGACGAGAAUGACAACAGCCCCCGGUUCGACUUCACCUCUGACUCGGCGAUCAGUGUGCCUGAGGACUGCCCCGUGGGCCAGCGCGUGGCCACUGUCAAGGCCCGGGACCCAGACGCUGGCAGCAACGGGCAGGUGUUCUUUUCCCUGGCCUCUGGUAACAUCGCUGGGGCCUUUGAGAUCGUCACCACCAACGACUCGAUUGGCGAAAUAUUUGUGGCCAGACCUCUGGACAGAGAAGAGCUGGACCGCUACAUCCUCAAGGUUGUGGCGUCCGACCGUGGCACCCCUCCACGGAAGAAGGACCACAUCCUGCAGGUGACCAUCCUGGACAUCAAUGACAACCCUCCAGUGAUCGAGAGCCCCUUUGGAUACAAUGUCAGCGUCAACGAGAACGUGGGCGGGGGCACUGCUGUGGUCCAGGUGAGAGCCACCGACCGUGACAUCGGCAUCAACAGCGUCCUGUCCUACUAUAUCACCGGGGGCAAUGAGGACAUGACCUUUCGCAUGGACCGCAUCAGUGGCGAGAUCGCCACUCGUCCCGCCCCACCUGACCGCGAGCGUCAGAGCUUCUACCACCUGGUGGUCACCGUGGAGGACGAGGGCACCCCUACCCUAUCGGCCACCACCCACGUGUAUGUGACCAUCGUGGAUGAGAACGAUAACGCACCCGUGUUCCAGCAGCCCCACUACGAGAUCUUACUGGAUGAGGGCCCGGACACAAUCAACACCAGCCUCAUCACCAUCCAGGCCCUGGAUCUAGAUGAAGGACCCAACGGCACAGUUACCUAUGCCAUCGUGGCAGGCAACAUCAUCAACACCUUUCGUAUCAACAGACACACGGGCAUCAUCCGUGCUGCCAAGGAGCUGGACUAUGAGAUCAGCCAUGGCCGCUACACCCUGAUUGUCACUGCCACGGACCAGUGUCCCCUCCUGUCACAUCGCCUCACUUCUACCACCACGGUGCUUGUGAACGUGAAUGACAUCAACGAUAACGUGCCCACCUUCCCCCGAGACUACGAGGGGCCAUUUGACGUCACUGAGGGCCAGCCAGGACCCAGAGUGUGGACCUUCCUAGCCCAUGACCAGGACUCGGGCCCCAGUGGGCAGGUGGAGUACAGCAUCGUGGAUGGAGACCCUCUGGGGGAGUUUCUGAUCUCUCCCGUGGAGGGGGUGCUGCGGGUCCGGAAGGAUGUGGAGCUGGACCGGGAGGCCAUUGCUUUCUACAACCUGACCAUCUGUGCCCGAGACAGAGGGGUGCCCCCGCUCAGCUCCACGAUGCUGGUGGGGAUCCGGGUGCUGGACAUUAACGACAACGACCCUGUGCUGCUCAACCUGCCCAUGAACGUCACCAUCAGUGAGAACACCCCUGUCUCCAGCUUCGUUGCUCAUAUCCUGGCCAGCGAUGCUGACAGCGGGUGCAACGCCCUCCUCACCUUCAACAUCACUGCAGGCAACCGAGAGCGGGCCUUCUCCAUCAAUGCCACGACAGGGAUCAUCAGAGUGAACCGGCCCCUGGACCGCGAGCGGAUCCCGGAGUACAGGCUGACCAUCUCCGUGAAGGACAAUCCAGAGAACCCACGCAUAGCUAGGAGGGAUUUUGACUUGCUGCUUAUCUUUCUUGCGGACGAGAAUGACAACCACCCCCUCUUUACUGAGAGCACCUACCUGGCGGAGGUGAUGGAGAACUCUCCUGCUGGGACCUCCCUGACGGUGCUCAAUGGGCCCAUCCUGGCCCUGGAUGCAGACCUGGAUGUCUACGCUGUGGUGACCUACCAGCUGCUGGGCGCCCAGAGCAGGCUCUUUGAUAUUGACAACAGCACCGGUGUGGUGACAGUGAGGUCAGGUAUCGUCAUUGACCGGGAGGCCUUCUCACCCCCGGUCCUGGAGCUGCUGCUGCUGGCUGAGGACAUCGGGCUGCUCAACAGCACCGCCGACCUGCUCGUCACCAUCCUGGACGACAAUGACAACUGGCCCACCUUUAGCCCUGCCGCUGUCACCGUCCACCUGCUGGAGAACUGCCCACCAGGAUUCUCAGUCCUUCAGAUCACAGCCACAGACGAGGACAGUGGCCUCAACGGGGAGCUGAUCUACCGAAUAGAAGCUGGGGCUCAGGACCGCUUCACCAUCCACCCGGUCACCGGCAUCGUCCGCGUCGGCAAUGCCACCAUCGACAGGGAGGAGCAGGAAUCAUACAGGCUGACAGUAGUGGCCACCGACCGGGGCACCGUCCCUCUCUCGGGCACAGCCAUCAUCACUAUCCUUAUCGACGACAUCAACGACUCCCGCCCCGAGUUCCUCAACCCCAUCCAGACGGUGAGCGUGCUGGAGUCAGCUGAGCCGGGCACUGUCAUUGCCAACGUCACCGCCGUUGACCGUGACCUCAAUCCUAAGCUGGAGUACCACAUCAUCGGCAUCGUGGCCAAGGACGACACUGACCGCCUGGUGCCUGACCAGGAGGACGCCUUUGCUGUGAAUAUCAACACAGGGUCUGUAAUGGUGAAAUCUCCUCUGAACCGGGAGCUGGUUGCCACCUAUGAGGUCACUCUCUCUGUGAUCGACAACGCCAGCGACCUACCAGAGCGCUCCGUCAGUGUGCCGAACGCCAAGCUGACGGUCAACAUCCUGGACGUCAAUGACAAUACACCCCAGUUCAAGCCCUUCGGGAUCACCUACUACACAGAGCGGAUCCUGGAGGGGGCCACUCCAGGCACCACGCUCAUCGCUGUGGCAGCUGUGGAUCCCGACAAGGGUCUCAAUGGGCUGAUCACCUAUACCCUGCUGAACCUGAUGCCCCCGGGCUAUGUCCAGCUGGAAGACUCCUCAGCAGGGAAGGUCAUUGCCAACCAGACAGUGGACUAUGAGGAACUGCACUGGCUCAACUUCACCGUGAGGGCCUCGGACAAUGGGUCCCCACCCCGGGCAGCUGAGAUCCCUGUCUACCUGGAGAUUGUGGACAUCAAUGACAACAACCCCAUCUUUGACCAGCUGUCCUACCAGGAAGCUGUCUUUGAGGAUGUUCCUGUGGGCACAGUCGUCCUGACGGUCACUGCUACUGACGCUGACUCGGGCAACUUCGCCCUCAUUGAGUACAGCCUUGUGGAUGGUGAGGGCAAGUUUGCCAUCAGCCCCACCACACCGGGUUUCUCUCCUUCUUCUUGGCAAGAAGAGNGCCGGCCACAGUUCUCCAAGCUCCAGUUCAGCACGAGCGUGUACGAGAAUGAGCCAGCAGGCACCUCUGUCAUCACCAUGAUGGCCACCGACCAGGAUGAGGGCUCCAAUGCGGAGUUGGCCUACUCACUUGAGGGCCCCGGCGUGGAGGCCUUCCACGUGGACAUGGACUCGGGCCUGGUGACCACAAAGCGGCCACUGCAGUCCUACGAGAGGUUCAACCUGACCGUAGUGGCCACAGAUGGCGGGCAGCCCCCGCUCUGGGGCACCACCAUGCUCCUGGUGGAGGUCAUCGACGUCAAUGACAACCGCCCUGUCUUUGUGCGCCCACCCAAUGGCACUAUCCUCCACAUCAGAGAGGAGAUCCCACUGCGUUCCAACGUGUACGAAGUCUACGCCACGGACAAGGACGAGGGCCUCAACGGGGCCGUGCGCUACAGCUUCCUAAAGACCGCAGGCAACCGGGACUGGGAGUACUUCACCAUCGACCCAGUCAGUGGCCUCAUCCAGACCGCGCAGCGCCUGGACCGGGAGAAGCAGGCAGUGUACAGCCUCAUCCUGGUGGCCAGUGACUUGGGCCAGCCAGUGCCCUAUGAGACCAUGCAGCCGCUGCAGGUGGCCCUGGAGGACAUCGACGACAACGAACCCCUCUUCGUGAGGCCGCCAAAAGGCAGCCCCCAGUACCAGUUGCUGACGGUGCCCGAGCACUCACCCCAUGGCACCCUUGUGGGCAACGUGACAGGCGCUGUGGAUGCAGACGAGGGCUCCAACGCCAUCGUGUACUACUUCAUCGCAGCCGGCAACGAAGAGAAGAACUUCCAGCUGCAGCCCGACGGGCGUCUGCUGGUGCUGAGAGACCUGGACAGGGAGCGUGAAGCCGUCUUCUCCUUCAUCGUCAAGGCUUCAAGCAAUCGAAGCUGGACACCUCCCCGCAGGCCCUCCCCAGCCCUUGACCUGGUCACUGACCUCACCCUGCAGGAAGUGCGUGUCGUGCUGGAGGACAUCAACGAUCAGCCGCCACGCUUCACCAAGGCUGAGUACACUGCAGGAGUGGCCACUGACGCCAAAGUGGGCUCAGAGUUGAUCCAGGUGCUGGCCCUGGACGCAGACAUUGGCAACAACAGUCUUGUCUUCUAUAGCAUCCUGGCCAUCCAUUACUUCCAGGCCCUGGCCAAUGACUCUGAGGACGUGGGCCAGGUCUUCACGAUGGGGAGUGUGGAUGGCAUCCUGCGCACCUUCGACCUCUUCAUGGCCUACAGCCCCGGUUACUUUGUGGUGGACAUCGUGGCCCGGGACCUGGCGGGCCACAAUGACACGGCUGUCAUCGGCAUCUAUAUCCUGAGGGACGACCAGCGGGUCAAGAUCGUCAUUAACGAGAUCCCUGACCGCGUGCGUGGCUUUGAGGAGGAGUUCAUCCACCUGCUCUCCAACAUCACCGGUGCCAUUGUCAACACCGAUGAUGUGCAGUUCCACGUGGACAAGAAGGGUCGGGUGAACUUCGCACAGACGGAGCUGCUCAUCCACGUGGUGAACCGCGACACCAACCGCAUCCUGGACGUGGACCGGGUGAUCCAGAUGAUCGACGAAAACAAGGAGCAACUGAGGAAUCUGUUCCGGAACUACAACGUCCUGGACGUGCAGCCCGCCAUCUCUGUCCGCCUGCCCGAUGACAUGUCCGCCCUGCAGAUGGCGAUCAUUGUCCUGGCCAUUCUCCUCUUCUUGGCUGCCAUGCUCUUCAUCCUCAUGAACUGGUACUACAGGACCGUACACAAGAGGAAGCUCAAAGCCAUCGUGGCUGGCUCCGCAGGGAAUCGUGGCUUCAUUGACAUCAUGGACAUGCCCAACACUAACAAGUAUUCCUUCGAUGGGGCCAACCCUGUGUGGCUGGAUCCUUUCUGCCGGAACCUGGAGCUGGCCGCCCAGGCUGAGCACGAGGAUGACUUGCCGGAGAACCUGAGUGAGAUCGCUGACCUGUGGAACAGCCCCACCCGCACCCAUGGAACUUUCGGGCGUGAACCAGCGGCGGUCAAGCCUGACGACGACCGGUACCUGCGGGCUGCCAUCCAGGAGUAUGAUAACAUUGCCAAGCUGGGCCAGAUCAUUCGGGAGGGGCCCAUCAAGGGCUCGCUGCUGAAGGUGGUCCUGGAGGAUUACCUGCGGCUCAAAAAGCUCUUUGCACAGCGGAUGGUGCAAAAAGCCUCCUCCUGCCACUCCUCCAUCUCCGAGCUGAUCCAGACAGAGCUGGAAGAGGAGCCAGGGGAGCGCAGCCCCGGCCAGGGCAGCCUGCGUUUCUGCCACAAGCCGCCUACCGAGCUCAGAGGGCCAGACGGGAUCCACGUGAUGCACGGGAGCACGGGCACGCUGCUGGCCACAGACCUCAACAGCCUGCCCGAGGAUGACCAGAAGGGCCUGGGCCGCUCCCUGGAGACGCUGACGACGGCCGAGGCCAGCGCCUUUGAGCGCAAUGCCCGCACAGAGUCCGCCAAAUCCACACCCCUGCACAAGCUUCGUGACGUGAUCAUGGAGAGCCCCCUGGAGAUCACGGAGCUGUGACUAGAUGGGGGGAGCCCACCUGGUAUGAGCAGCCCAGCCCCUCCAGAGGCCAGAGCAGGAGCAGGACCUCCAGGGUGUGGGCCCCUCCGGGGGCAGCUCUGGGCACACAACCUUGGGCUGGCCCAGCAGCAGGGCCUGCCUCAGCUGCUCAGACUCCACUUCUGCCAGACGCUCAUUCAGCCAUCUGAUCUCUACCUUCAUAAAAUGUUAUUUUUUUAAGAAAACCAAACAAAUGGCAAGCAUCUAAGGAUGAGGUAAGGAGGGUCACCGAGAGCCCAGGAGUCUGAGGUCCAACUCAGCCCAGGCUGAGCUGAAAGAGGCCAAGCCGGCCCACUCCCCCCAACCCUAGCCCCACUGCACAGGAGCCCAGCACUGGGGAGGGAGCCCAGGGCAGGUGUGCCCUGCCUGGCCUUGACUCUUGGACUCCAGUUCAAGUCCCAGCACAUUUCUGCCACUUCCCUGACUGGACAUGCAGGUGGGGGCAGUGAGUCCUCCCUGUCUCCCCACACGGACACAGUCAAUGUCAGCAAACAGCAUUCUCUCCAUUUCACUGGCUUCCCAAACAUCUCCAUUUCACUGGCUUCCCAAACAUUCCUGGCUCAUAAAGAGAAAAAUGACUGAUGUUCCCUUGGGUUUUGAAUGUAGAAUGUUUGUGUGUAUCCCCCUUUGAAACUAAGUUAUUCCCUCAAUAUUUUCCCCUUGGUUUUGUUCAAUUGGUACGCACUGAAUGUCUCUGGAAUGGUCUGAAUUUUAAAAAGAAAAGCAACU